AUGGAUUUUAAUAAUACGCAAGAUUCAAAUAAACGUGGAUUUAGUUUAUUUGGAAAUUAUAAUUUACAUGAACCAGCUAAUAAUGUUCCAGUUCAUUCAACGCCUGGUACAAAUUCUUUAUCACCUUAUUUAAAUUUUGAUCCAAAAUUAUUAAAUCCCGGUGAAUCUCAAUUUAUUUUGCCUGAAGGACAAAAAGAAAAACGUGGUAGACUUGAAUUAAUGUUUUUUACAAUUGGUGGCUCUGUUAUUGCUGGAAGUUUAAUUGGUAGUGCAUCAGGAUUAUAUCGUGGUUUACGUGAAACUCGAGAUUUAACUGGAUCUGUACGAACUUCAUCAAUUAUUAAUUAUGUUGGUCGUCAAGGUGCUACCACUGCUUCUGCAAUGGGCUCUAUUGCAUUAAUCUACAGUUUAAUUGGUACUGGUAUUAGUUGGGCACGUGGUAUCGAUGAUGAAUUAAAUACAGUUGCUAGUGGUGGUCUUACUGGUCUUCUUUAUCGAUCAACAGCUGGUUGGAAAGGCGCUUUUCGAGGCAGUCUUUAUGGUUUAGGAAUAUCAUCGUUAUAUGUGCUUGUUACUUCUAGAGAACGUCUUCAUCCAUAUGUGUAG